CUAAAGUAACUAUCUCUACUACAGCUUUGACAAGGAAACCAUGGUAGCUGAAGAAGUACACUUUCUAAUGGUGACAGCAGCAAUGCAAGGCCACCUGAAUCCCAUGCUAAAGCUUGCCAAACGCCUUGUUUCAAAGGGUAUUCACAUCACUCUCGCCACCAACGAUGCUGCCCGUCACCGUAUACUAAAUUCCAAAGUCUCUACUACUGCUGAUUUAACUUGUACUGCCCUAAACACUACUCUUAAACCCCCUGGAAUCUCUCUUGCUUUCUUCUCCGAUGGCCUCAGCCUGGAUUUCAAUCGCGAAGGGGAUUUUGAUUCAUUUGCUAAGUCCUUACGGACGAUCGGAUCGAAAAACUUGUCAAACCUUAUUACUGAUUUGACAGCCCAGAACAGGAAAUUUUCUUGCGUUAUUUUUGGUCCCUUUACGCCAUGGGUGGCAGAUAUUGCCGCUGAAAGGGGCAUUCCUUGCGCUAUGCUUUGGAUCCAAGCUUGUAACGUCUACUCUGCUUUCUAUCAUUUGGUGAAGCAUCCCAAUUUAUUUCCAUCAUUUGAUAAUCCUGAUGAAUAUGUAAAGUUGCCUGGUUUGCAGUUUUUACGGGUUAAGGAUCUUCCUUUCAUCGUCCUACCAUCAACUCCUCCUGUAUUUCGUCAAUUAGUGUCAGAAAUUGUCACUGCAAUAGACAAGAUAAAAUGGGUUUUAGCUAAUUCUUUUGUUGAACUGGAAGAGGAGGUAGUGAAGUCCAUGGAUUGUCUACAUCCUAUUCAUCCCAUUGGUCCAUUGGUGUCACCAGUUCUGUUAGGAGAGGAAGAUAUGACAGCGAUAGAUAAUGUUGAUAUGUGGGAGGCUGAAAAUUCUUGUAUAGAAUGGCUUGACAAGAGACCUCCUUCAUCUGUCAUUUAUAUAUCAUUUGGUAGCCUGCGUGGUUUUACUCAAAGACAAAUGGAUAACUUAGCAAUGGGAUUAAAGAACAGCAAUAGACCAUUUCUUUGGGUCAUUAGGCCUAAACAAAAAAAUUCUGAAAAGAAAGAAGCUUACCUGCCGGAUCCUUUCUUGGAGGAGACCAAGGAGAAUGGCCUGGUGGUGACAUGGUGCUGCCAAGAGAAGGUGUUAAUACACAAAGCUGUAGGUUGCUUCAUCACGCAUUGUGGAUGGAACUCGGCGCUGGAGACGGUGGUGGCAGGAGUGCCCGUAAUUGCUUAUCCAGGAUGGGGUGAUCAGUCAACAGAUGCCAAGUUUUUGGUUGAUGUUUUAAAGAUUGGUGUGAAACUGAAAGUUGAAGAUGGAGUUGCAAGUUCUGAAGAGGUAGAAAGGUGCAUUGCAGAAAUUACUGAUGGACCAAAAGCAGAAGACAUUAAGAAAAGGGCUUUAGAGUUGAACGAGGCAGCCACGAAAGUGGUGGCGAAAGGUGGUUCUUCUGAUCAGACUAUUGAUCAGUUCAUUAGUGAUAUCAUUGGCAAGCAAUUUUGAACUCUUCAUGCUUCAGUGGCUGUUCAAAGUAGUAAGGAAAGGAAAAUUAUGAAAUUGCUGAGAAACGAGUCAUAUGAAAAAGAUCUCUCAAGUUUAUCAAUAGUACUUUUUCGGAUUAAUUAUUAUGGAGUACCUGAAAUUAUAUCAUAAUUACAACUUUAUCCCCUCUAUUUGACAAUUAAAUUAGUUAGUCUUUGAGUUUUAUAUCCUUUAAA